UUGACCGGAAGUAGACACAUUUUCGAACAUGCGCAGUACAAACAGUGUUUCCGGUACAUAUAGAGUAGUGACAUUCACAUACAGUAUGUUUUUUCUUUGAACGAGAAGGGUUAGGAGCUUUCCCUGGCCGGCAUGGAGGGUUAUGGUAUCCUAAAAGAUUUUCUUAAAGUGAAGAGACCAAGGCCUAGUGAAUGGAAGGAUGCGACACCUCUCAAGAGGACUCCUACUGAAUCAAUAGCAGACACAGUUUUUAAGGGAGUCACAGUAUACAUUGUUCCAGCUGGUAUAGGGAAAGCCAGGUGUGAAAUAUUUCAUCGGCAGAUCACCCAAAAUGGAGGACAGUCCAUGUCCAUAUUCUCACUCAACUGUACACAUGUGGUAGUGGACGAUUCUGUAAAUGGUGAGAGAGCUUUGAGGCUCUUAAAAGUAGAAAGACUUCCCCCUGGUGUUCAGCUGGUGAAAUGCACUUGGUUGAGUGCCUGCAUCAAUGAGAAAAGAUUAUUAGGUUCUGAAGACUACAGCCUCCUUCCUCCUGAGAGUCUCCCAAUUGCUCUUGCUGUGGAGUCACAUGAGCCUGUGGUUGCCGCAGUGUCAGAGGAAGCAGCACAGGAUCUGUUGGUUCCAACUCAAGUAGAUCUCAGAGAAACAGAAGAACAUGAUGAGGAAGAUGGGGUAUCACAGAAGGACUUAGAAGCCUUGAUCAGUGGCAUUCACCCAUCUGACAGCAACCAAGAACUGAGUUUGGCAGAGAAUCCAGUUUUGUCUGGGAAGUGGGUUUGUUCGCAGCCGUCAACUAGUAAAGGGGAAAACCAUAACAAGCACAUUACAGACAAGUUGGAGCCACUGGCUAAAGCUUAUAUGCACACAGGCGAUAAAUGGAGAGCUCUGGGCUACACUAAAGCAAUCAAUGCCCUUAAGAGCUAUCAUAAGCCCAUCACUUCAUAUGAGGAGGCAUGUAAGAUUCCAGGCAUUGGUAAACGCAUGGCAGAGAAGAUUUUGGAAAUCAUGGAAAGUGGGCACUUGCGUAAACUGGACUAUUUAGGGGAGGAAGUACCUGUUCUUGAAUUGUUCACUAAUAUCUGGGGUGCAGGAGCAAAGACUUCUCAGAUGUGGUAUCAGCAGGGAUUUCGCACAUUGGAGGACAUUAGUACCAAAGCAGUUUUGAAUAACACUCUAAGGAUUGGACUAAAACACUAUGAUGAUCUCCUUGAACGCAUGCCGAGAAGUGAAGCAGCUGCCAUUGAAAGAAAGGUGAAGGAGGCAGCCCACAAUGUGGACACACAGCUGGUGGUUGUUACUUGUGGUUCUUAUCGCAGAGGGAAAAGCACAUGUGGAGAUGUGGAUGUUCUCAUUACUCAUCCUGAUGGAGAAUCACACAAGGGAGUUUUCAGCAAGGUGUUGCACCUCCUCCACCAAAGUGGUUUCCUGAUCGAUGACCUUGUAAGCCAUGAGGAGAAUGGUGAGCAAAAGAAGUACAUGGGUAUCUGUCUGCUUCCUGGCCCUUCGCAGCACCACAGACGCUUGGACAUCAUUGUGGUACCCUAUGCUGAAUUUGCAUGUGCUCUUCUGUACUUCACUGGUUCUGCCCACUUCAAUCGAUCAAUGAGAGCAUUAGCUAAGACCAAACACAUGAGCCUCUCAGAGCACUCGAUGAACUGUGAUGUUGUGCGGCAGCAUGGCGUGAAGCUGGUGGCGGGGAGACCUUUACACACACCAACAGAGAAGGAUGUUUUCAAACACCUCGGUAUACCUUACAGAGAACCAUGUGAGAGAGACUGGUGACAGUGCUGGAUUCGUAUUGUAAGAAUUUGACUGCAUAUUUAGUGGUCAAACCCUUAACGAAUUUUGUCGUAAAAUGCAGUAUUUUAUGAACGCAAUAGCUUAUCUCUGCGAAACUUGGUAUGGUUCAUCAUUACUAUAUAUUCUGAGAGGACCUGUAAAGUUAUUGGCUAGCUCCCCCUAAUGGUCAAGGGGUAAAACUUAAUUAAUUAAAAUACUUAUAACAUGAAAAAUUAUUCAUGAUGUCAUUUGAUUUACAUUGCUAGAUUUGUUUUUCUCAAGCUGUGUAACGUAAGGGUCGUGUGGCUAUAUCUUCACAACACUUGUGUAUUGACACGAAACUUGGUAUCCUCACUGACACAUCUUAUCUGCCUCAUAAAAACUUGUUGACAGCGCCACUUAGUGGUCAAAACCUAUAAGCGAUUGAAUUGUGUUCUAAGUGUCUUUUGCUGUGUUUUUAAACUUUACAAAAUCAAGAGAGGAAUUAAUCAAUUCAGUCGAUUAAGUGUAUUCAUUUGGUCCAAAUUCUGAUAUUAACUCGCUUGAAAGUUCUUGAAGGAUUGAAUUUGAUUCAUGUAUAAUAAAAGAGAAAUGCUAU